AUGAAAGCUGAUUUUGUCAGGUUCUUUUACUUGACUGUUGAGAAUACAGAAGCAGAAGCGAAGAUGAGAGAGCUUAGACAAUACUUGAAGAAAUAUUAUCUAGAGUACGAGAGGGUUGUGAGGAACAACAUAGGCCCUGUCUUCGUUACAUAUGAAGAGGAAGUUUUAAGUCAUCUCUCUCCAGAAACUCUUGAAGCGUUAGUCUGUGCGAAAGAUUGGUUGAUUGGCUUUAAUGAUGUAGAAGAAGGUCAACCAAUGGCCGGACAACGUAUGUUUGAAUUAGACGAAGAAGAAGAUGAUUGA